GAAAGCUCUCUGCCUGUCUCUUUAUCUCUUCUUCUCUCUGAGUGGAUGUCGAGACAUCAAAUUCCGACGAGCUUUCAUCCAUUUUACUAUGAGUGGCAUCAUAUUCCGGCAACUGAAUAAUUUCGAGAAAUUAAUUUCAAUGUUCAUUUUCUGAGUGAAUUUAUAAGUUGAAGAGGAGAAGUUGUGUCAUGAAGCAGAGUGACGUGACGGCAUUUUCGAAGACAGAGGCGAGCGAGCUUCCGCCGAAGAAGCUAGGGAGGCAGUUUGAUUUCACGGUGAUGUGUAAAUCCUCGGCGAAUGAGAUAUUGUCGGAGCAUCCGCAAGCGCUUUUGCAAUCAAAGUUGCUCGCACUCGCUAAGAGGCAAGCAAUGAUGUUUGCUACACAAUCACCACCACCGCCUCCGUCGACGGCGCAGGUUAAGACAAUACUACCGUCAACGACACGGUUAAAGUCGCCGCGGCCAACGAAGGCAGUGGCACGAGUAUUUAGGACUCGUCCGGUACAAUCACUGCCUCGAGUAAUGCAGCAAGUCGUCAAGACAGAGCCUCCUAACUCGCAAUACAAUUCCACUAUGAGACAGAAGAAUGGUACUCCCAAGAAGCAAAAGGAAUGCAAUUGUAAAAAUUCUCGAUGUUUAAAAUUGUAUUGUGAAUGCUUUGCCUCUGGAACUUUUUGUGAUGGAUGUAACUGUCAAAACUGUCAAAACAACAUAGUGCAUGAAGUCAAUAGGAAGAUUGCACUCAAUGCAAUCUUGGAACGGAAUCCAAAUGCCUUCAGACCAAAGAUCACUAGCAGCCCUCAGGGACUAAAGAAUGGUGUGGUGGAAGUUGGUGAAGAUUCGCCUUCAGGAAAACACAAUAGAGGAUGCAAUUGCAAGAAAUCUGGAUGUCUCAAGAAGUACUGUGAGUGUUUCCAGGCUAAUAUUCUUUGCUCUGAAAACUGUAAAUGUGCAGAUUGUAAGAAUUUUGAUGGAAGCAACGGGAAAAGCUCUCUUUUCCAUUGGGCUCAUACAAAUCUAGCUGCAUUCAUCCAAGCCCAUGCAACUAUAAAUGGAGCUAUUAGUAAUUCUUGGUUUGUUCCUACACCACCUACAAAGAAAAGAAAGAAUGGGGAAAUGCCCUCAGGAGACAAUUCUACUGAUAAAUCCAAUAAGUUUUCACAAUCCCAACAGGAUGCCUCUUCUGGUCCACUGUGUGCUGCACCAUAUGACUUUGCAAUUCGAUCAGUUCCAGAGUCAUCUAACUGCAAAUACAGGUCUUUGUUAGCUAGCAUCAUCCAAUUGCAAAACGUUGCGGAACUUUGCUCACUCUUGGUCACGGUAUCCAAAGAAGCUGCAAAGAUGCUAACAGAAAAGAAACAAGCGAGGAAUGAUGAUGUGGGAAUAGAUCAGAAUAAAAUUCAAGUUGCUGCUGCACAAAAGAGUAAGGACUUUUGUCAUGCUCAAAAGUUCCAUGAAAACAAAGCUAAGAGAAUUCAAUCUAGCACAUCUGGAUGCAAUGGAGAUGAUUUUCAAAAUGGAAGAGCAGUGUCUUCUGGGACACCGGCAUUGAUGUGUGACAACAGUCAUGACUUGGUCCCAGCAGCUGAGUUUGCAACUGGGAUUUUGGGUUGCAAUGCAAGGAUAAGUGUAAAUUCAUCUUCCGGGGAUCACUUCAGCACUUUAUAUGCAGAACAAGAAAAGAUCAUCUUGACUACAUUCUGUAGUUUUCUUAACGAACUUGUCACUUAUGCAAGCAUAAAAGAAACAACUUUCUCACCACCGUCAAACGAAAAAUCAGGAAGUUGGCAACUUCCAAUGGAAAAUGGUCAAUGUCCUGGCUAGGUUUGAGUGAUCUCUAGGUGGUUUCUUGCAGAUCGUUGAUUGCUUUAUGCAUCAAGGUGGCUGUAGUGGCAUGUUGUAAAUACAAAGCUAAAUGGAUCCAUUAACACAGCAAUCUUGCCAUGCCUGUAGAAUAUUACUGGUUGUGGUUCAGUAAUACCUGUGCUCCAGUUUGCAGUCUUUUGAAGAAUCAGUUCUCAGAAAAGGCCAUUGUACGUAUGACUUUUUCAUUUGCAUUUUUUGGUUUAUAUCUUUUUUCACCACAUUUCAUAGUGCUUGAGGUUAUGCUUUGCAGAAUAGAAAGGUGAAUCACUGAAAAUGGAAUGUACAUUUAAUUGAGAAGAAUAGAAUCAAAUUUCUGUUUGCAAA